UUAUCCUUGCAAGAUUUAACAACAGUGCAAAUCAUUUUCGAUGUCCAUUUACGUUAUAAACCCAUUGAAUGCAUUGGCGCCGGUGCUUAUGGAGUUGUCUGCUCGGCUAUCGAUAAUCGUACCGGUUGUCGUGUUGCUAUCAAGAAAAUCGCUAAAGUAUUUGAUAACUUGAUCUUGGCCAAGAGAACAUAUCGUGAAUUGAAAAUUUUACGCCAUUUCAAACAUGAUAAUAUUAUCGCAAUACGUGAAAUCUUAUUAGCUAAUCAAGCUGACGGACAAGAUAUUUACGUCAUUUUUGAUUUAAUGGAAACCGAUUUACAUCAUAUUAUUCAUUCGCAGCAACCCUUAACCAAUGAUCAUAUGCAAUUUUUCAUGUAUCAAUUAUUACGCGGUCUGAAAUAUAUCCAUUCAGCCAAUGUAUUGCAUCGCGAUUUAAAACCCAGUAACUUAUUAAUUAAUAGUAAUUGCGAGUUGAAAAUUGGCGAUUUUGGUAUGGCACGUUGUAUUUCUUCCAGUCAAAUUGAUCAUACAACUUAUAUGACAGAAUAUGUUGCAACGCGAUGGUAUCGUGCACCUGAAUUAAUGCUAAGCUUACAAGGUUAUACGCGUGCUAUUGAUAUGUGGUCUGUUGGUUGUAUAUUUGCUGAAAUGUUAGGUAGGAAACAACUCUUCCCUGGUAAAACUUACGUACAUCAGUUGCGUUUGAUAAUAGGUGUCUUGGGUACACCAUGCCAUCAAUUCUUGUUAUCAUCAGGUGCUGAACGCGUACGCAAGUAUAUUGAUAGUUUGCCACAACGACAGCGUAUUGCAUGGACAGUGUUGUUCCCAUCCAUAACAGAGCACGCUUUAACUUUACUCGAUCAGUUGUUACAGUUUGAUCCUAGUCAAAGACUGAAUGUGGAAGAAGCAUUACUUCAUCCUUAUUUAGCAUCAUUACAUGAUGCUGAAGAUGAGCCUGUUUGUACGUCCAGUUUUGAUUUCGAUUUUGAAAAAAACACAUUAUCUUCCAAUGCCUUGAAAGAGGUCAUUGUAGAUGAAAUUAAAUCUUUU